AUGUUAAUCGGUCGCUAUGAAUGUGAACCAGGAAUUUGCGUACCUGGGGAGUGUGAUCCUUAUGAAUGCGAUGCAAUUCGUAGAAAAAGAUUGAAAAAACAUUCGCAAUCAUCAGCUACUCCAUUUAUUCAUUCUCAAUCUAUUCAUUCGUAUGGUUCUACAAAUAUAACAAAAAAUGUCAAGACGCAAUCAAUUGUAGGUAAAAAUAUAAAAAAUGUGAAGAAACCAGUACUUAUAAAAACUAACAACGAUCGUGCUAAAAAGCAACUUGUGCGAAUUGGAUCAAAUUUUAGCGUUAAUAUAGAAUUCUACAAAAAUAAUAUGCCGAAACAUGAAGAUCUUGCUUCACAGCCAGUAUUGCGUAAACCUUGGCAUAACAGGACUAAAGCAAAGGGAUCGAAAAUAAAAAAAAAUAUUUCAGUACAUUCAAGACACUCCCAAGCGAUGCUAUCAAGGAAAGAUGAUCAUUGUGUAUCUAUAAAUAACAUAAAACGUUGCUUUUGCACUUUACAAUUUCAUAAUAAGUCCAAAGAAACAACAAGUGCUAAAAUUACUAAGGCUAAAAUUAAAAGUGAAAUGACUGAAAAUUCCAAAUUAUCUCCUAUGACUUUAUUUCCAUAUAAAUGUGAACCAAAUAUUUGUAUACUCAAUAAAUGCGACCCAAAGCAAUGUGAUAAAAUAAUACAAACUCGUAGAGAACGAUAUCAGUAUAAAAUACCAAUGCAAGCUAAGCUAUUGCCAUAUGAAUGUGAGCCUCUAACAUGCGUUCCUGGUCAAUGUAAUCCUAUUGAAUGCUUAGAACGGAUAAAAAAAAGACAAAAUGAAUCAAAAAAUUUUGGAACGACUAUUGAUGCUCAUAAUAGAUAUACCGCCAGUACAAUGACAAAAGUCAAUAUUAAACCUAAAAAUAAAAGUAAUCAGUCUAAAGUGUCAAAUCGUAUGACUAUACAAAAGAUACCUACUGAUAAGUUAUAUGCGCCAAACUUUCAUAAACAAGCUGUAAAAAUAGGAUCAACAUUUAGUUUUGACAUAGAAUUUUACAAAGAUAACAUAUCAGGUAGUAAAAGUUAUGGAAAAAGGAACAAUAAUGCUACACUUCAAACUGUAAGUAAAUCACCAAAAAUUAAAAAAAAGAGUCAACAUACUUCUCUUCUUUUUAUUAAUUCUAAAAUACAAGUUCCUCACGUUGAGCAAAAAGAAAAGAAACCUGUUGUACGACCUUUUUUGAAGAAAUGUUUUUGUAUCUUUAAACUUCAUAAAAUCCCAGUGGAUAGGUUUAAAUUGCCUUCUCAGGAUCAUAAGAAAUCACCUGUAGAGACAAAAAUACAACGUAAACCCACUAAAUCAAACGCCACACCCUGCAGCCUAAUUUCUCCAUAUGCAUGUGAUAAACGAAUAAAAAUAAAGAAAAAAUCACGAAAUAUAAGUUCCCAAGUAGUAAGACAAAGUUCUGAUAAAUAUACUGGAAUAAAAGCCGAAAAAAACAAAAGGAAAAAUCAGAAGAAUUACAUUAAUAAAUUAAAUGAUUUUUUGAAUCAAGAUGAUAUUGAAGACAGAAAAAGAAUAGUUGAAGUACCUAGAUUUGCUAACGUUUUCGAUAAACAUGCUGUUAAAAUAGGUUCUAACUUCAGUUUUCACAUAGAAUUUUAUAAGCACACAAUACCCCAGCCGAGAAAAAUUACGUUCAGUAAUGACCACAAAAAUUCAGAUCAUGUAAAAAAGAAAAGUACAAGUAUUAAACCUUUUUACUUAAAUAAUCGUAGUUCUCAAGCGAAAAUUGUUCGUUCGAAAGAUAAAGGCUUGGAAACAGAAAAUAUUUUGAAGAGAUGUUUUUGUACUUUAAAGUUACAAAAUACAAAUUCAAGACCUUUGAAGACAAAUAUAAAAAAUUGGGGCGGAACACCUUACUAUCCACAACUUGUUGAAGUUAGGAGAGUAUCUAUUCCACAAAAACCCAAAAUAGUGUCACAGCAAACAUAUUAUCCUGUAAAGGCAAAAGCAACACAAUCUAAAAAUAAAUAUAAAAAUGAAAGAAUUAGUACACAAUGUUUAUGUUCUUUUUGUCAACACUGUGGAGAUAAUAACCUUAAAAUGCACACCAUAUAUCCAUAUGUACCCAAAAAAUUUAACAAAAUUUCUAGUAAAACAUUGAUUUCUAUGCAAAAUAUACCAAUAAAUCCACAUCAUAAAUCCAUAGUUCGUUGUAAGAGAUUGACCAAGAAAAAAAGCCAAAGAAUAAUAAAUUUAACAACAGGAUCAAAUCAUGAAUUUCCAGGAAAACCUGUUACAUCUAAGAUCAAAAAAAUUUUAUACCAAUGUGUUAGCUUGUUGACACCAAAUAAAGAUGAUGCUUCGUAUAACUGGAAGUCAGUUCAACAAUAUAAUUCCUAUAACGAAAAAAGCAAUAUUGAACACGAUAAAAAGUAUCUGGACCCUAUAAAAGUUCCUAAAAGUGAUAUUCAUUCUAGAGAAAAGUAUGCAAAGAAGAAAAUAUCAAAAAAAUCCAAGAGUUUAAAAUUAAACAGAAAAAAUAACAAUACUAUCUGUCCAAAGAAGAGUCCGUAUUUUCUCACUUCUAACAAAAUUUUAGAACAAGUAGGCGAUUAUGAUCCUAAUUUAACUUUAAAAUUAAAGAAAAAAAAAUAUCUGGAACAGAUUCCUAAAAAAGUAAGUAAACAUAUACUCACAAAUAACAGUCAAGGUGAACAUGCUUAUUACAAAUGUAAUUCUUCAGUUGAAUGUAAUAAAAAAAAUCUUGACAUUAUAAAAUUUCCUAAAAGUAGCAUCCCCGCGACAGAAAAGUACGAAAAAACGAACAAUAUUCCUAAAAAUACCAUGUGUGAAAAAGAAUGCCCGUAUUUCCUCGUUCGUCAAGAAGGUGACUAUGAUCCCAAAUCAUCUUUAAAAGCAAAAAAUAAAAGAAAUCUACAACAGACCACUUUAAAACUGAGUAAACAUAUACCAAAGAAAAGAAAUAAAGAUGAAAAAAAACAUGAUGUUUAUUGCAAAUGUUCAAAAAUUCAUAAAAAUACUUUAUGUUCCCAUUGUCAAAAUAAAAUGCAACAAGAAAUUAAUCAAAAUAAAUUAUUAUCACCCCAACUAAAGGUACAUUUUUUAGAUCCUUUAAUAAUAUCUCAAACUAAUGUUGGAGAUAAAAAUAAAAAGAUUAAAACACAAAUGAAAUCAAAUAAAAAUAGACCUAAAAAAAUAAUUGAAAAUCUGGAUUGCUGUCGUUCCUGUGGUAGAAUAAUAAAUGCAGAAGAGAUUCAAAAAGCAGCAGGUGACUAUUACGGAAUUAAUAAAAAAAGACGUGAUAUUCUGAAAUUCAACAAAAACACCAAACCGUUAUUCGAAAUCCAAUUGGAUUCUGAUGAUUAUGAUAUUUUAAAUAAAGAUGAAAUUAUUGGCAACGUUACUGACUUAGGCGAUCACAGAAUAAAAGAUCAAUCAAAAUAUAAAGCGCAUACCAAAUCUGAACAAAAUAAAUAUGCUUCAAUAUUUAAGGUGAAUCAAAAACGACAAAAACUUAAUCCAUGUAUUUGCGGUAGCAUGAUAUGUGCAAAAGAGAAUAAAAAAAUAUCAAAUAAAUCUUCUAUGUCGGGACAACGUAAAAAACGUCCCUGGAAGAAGUGCGUCUGUGGCAGUCCAGUUUGCGAUCGGGAAUCUGCUACUAUGAAAACGAUUUCACCAAAAAAAAUGAGUUGCAUUUGCCAAAAAGAGAAAAUGAAAAUAACAAAGGAAAAAGAAAAGCAAAAGUCUAAAUUGCAUGCCGUUAGAAUAAAGCAACAUCGUAAAGAAGAUCAAAUUCGCAGGCGCAAACGUCAAAAAGCUGACAAGGAAAUGGCGAAGAGAAUUAAUAAAAACGCGAAUGACGUAAUAUUAUUAGCAGAAUCUGCUAUAGACAUUGGUAAGUUAGGCAUAACUGCUUGUAUGGAUAUAUUACGUGCAUUGGCCAGAAUAAGCUCUGACCCGAAACACGCUUACCGUAAUCUUAAAGCUAUGAAGGCAGAUCCAAAAUUAAUUGGCCGUAAUUUGAAAAUCGCUUUCGACGAUAGUGGGGUUGCGGGUACUGUGAAACGUAUAAGGCUUAGAUGCUUGGCCUUGAGAGGAGUGAAAAAAAUUAAAACAACAUUAGAAAGCUACCCAUUAACAAAUUACCUUCUACACAUUGCAGCAAAAGAUCCGAAAAAACGAAUGUUUAAAAAGAAAAGGUCUCCUCGCCCCCGGGAACGUCUUGACUUUGGAUGUAGUCUCUACAUGGCAUCGCUUAGAAAACGACCAUUUUUAUCAGUUUAUCACAGAGUACCCUGGUUCUAUCCACAUUUCUUAUCUCUUGUGAACGUGUAUAAGCAGUUUAGAGAUAUAUUGUUAUUUUUAUUAGCAGUUGUUGUAUGGAGCCCGUGUAUUUUAUGCAUGGAGGCAUGUAGAGCUGUGAUGUGUUGCUUUUUCUGCACUAGG